GGAGCUCCUCCUACAAACAUGGCGGAAACAAAACCAAAACAAACUUCUUUGCAAGAUGAAUUAUCAGCUGCAGACCGAAGAUCUAAGUCAGGGUCAAUAAAUUCUGAAUGGCCACAGCCUAUUCUAGCAUCUAUUUCAGCUGUCAAAUCUGUUAUUUCAACUUCAAAACCAGUGACUUUAAAAUUAAGACAACGAAGAGACCCAAAGACAAUAGAAAGAGCAAACCUACUGAAUAUCUGCAAACUUAUCAUAAAAGAAUUGAUAGAUUCCUCACUGUCACAUGGUCGUAUGUUAGACGAUGAUCACAUUCCAUUACAACAGUUCUUUGUGGUUCUGGAACACGUCCUUAGACAUGGGUUGAAACGUAAGUAAUUAUCUCCCUUGGUAUCUAUUAUCCUCACUGUCAAAUGGUCGUAUGUUAGACGAUGAUCACAUUCCAUUACAACAGUUCUUUGUGGUACUGGAACACGUCCUUAGACAUGGGUUGAAACCCAAAAAAGGAAUUUUACGUGACAGGAAGGAUUUCUGGUCUGUACUAGAGUCCAUAGAGAAACUAGUCCCUGAAGCAGGGGAGAUUACCACCAGUGUUCGAGAAAUGCCUCACAUCAAAACCCCUUUAGGUAGAGCUAGAGCCUGGCUGAGACUUGCCUUGAUGCAGAAGACAUUAGCAGACUAUUUCAAAGUACUCAUAGAGAAGAAAGAUGAAGUCUUAAGUGACUUUUAUGAACCUGGUGCUAUGUUGAUAGAAGAUGAAGGUAUGGUUAUCCCUGGACUGUUAGUGGGUUUGAAUGUGAUUGACUGUAACAUGUGUAUUAAAGAAGAGGACUUGGAUCAACCGAUAGGAGUGAUAGAUUUUAGUUUAUAUUUAAAAGACAGUAGGCUUCAGGAUUCUUCACCAGACAAUGAAAGGGAAAAGGAUUCCAAGAUGGCCACCAUACUUGAUCAAAAGAAUUACUUAGAAGAAUUAAAUAGACAUUUGAAUGCUACAGUAACAAAUUUACAACAAAAAAUGCAGGACGCCAUGACAACAAAUGCUUUGAUGAAAGAAGACCUAGCAUUGUCUAAAAAUAACUUUUUAGCUAUCCAAGAAGAGAAUGAACAGUUGAAAAGUGAUAGGGAUAAUAUUUCAGAGGAGCAUACCAAACAAAUAGAGCAAGCCUCAACUAGAAAUAUAAGUGCUGCCAAACAAGAUAUUGAAGUAGAACGUGAGACAUAUCAGACAUCACGUACUGGCCUUGACAGCAUGUAUGGAGAUUUAAAGUCUAAACUGGAGGAAGAAACCAGAAUGAGACUGGAUGUUGAAAAAGAAUUGGAACUACAAAUAGGCAUGAAGCAAGAAAUGGAAAUGGCACUAAGAAUUUUAGAGAAGGAUAUACAUGAAAAACAGGAUACCAUGAUCUCAUUACGGAAACAGCUGGAGGAAAUCAAAGCUAUUAACUUAGAAAUGUACCAAAAACUACAGAAUUGUGACCAGUCAUUAAAGCAUAAAACAGAACUGGUAACUAAGCUAGAGGAGAAAACUAAUCAACUAGUCCAAACAUUGAAAGAUAUGGAGAAAAGAUUAAAGCAAUGCGAAUCUGAUAAAUUAGCGGCAGAAGAAACAGCUAGGAAAUUAGGUCAAAUAAUCGCUGAUAAAGAUACAAAACGCACUGCUUUAGAGACGGAUUUAAGAAUAGAAAAAGAAUGGAGAGCAACUUUACAGAAAACAUUAGAACAGGAGAAAACAGCUUCAACAGAAAUUCUAACUGAACUUCAGCAAUUGAAACAUGUAGAAAAAGAUUAUACAGAAUUACAGAAAGGUCAUUUAAGUUUACAGAAAGCUUGUGAAGAACAGGAAAGAGCAUUAGCAGAAUUAGGUUCACAUCUAAGCGAAUCCAAAUUACGGGUAGAAGACAUGAAAGAAGCGCAGAUGGCCACAAAGGAUCUUCAAUGGAAGGGAGAUAAGGAUGCUUCACACUGUACCACUUGUGAGAAAGAAUUCUCCAUAUCUAGGAGGAAGCACCACUGUCGGAAUUGUGGAAAUAUUUUCUGUAAUGAGUGUUCAGACAAUAAAAUGCCACUUCCCUCUUCAGCCAAGCCAGUACGAGUUUGUGAUGACUGUCAAACAUUUCUGUUACAGAGAUAUUCUGCUGCCGCUCAGUGACCUUUGGAAAAUUAGAGGUCAUCAUGAUGUUAUAAACAAACACUGCUUCAAUUGGCUGUGAAUUCCAUUAUAUAUUCAGCUGAGACACAGUUGAAAAGAGGUUAAAAAUAGAGCAUGACAAACAAAGCCAGAAAUUAACUACCAAUUUGUUUUCAAUUUCAUCGUUUUAUAAAUAUGUUUAAUGAUUCCUCUCUGCUAUUUUAUACAGAAUUUACAUUGUGAAAUGUCAGCUUUAAGAUAUCCUAUUGCAAGGGCAAUUGUGCAACAGUUUUUUUCUUGUAUGAAUGACUGCAGUCAGAUUUCUUGUUCUUGAAGUGCAAUACAGUGGGAGACAUUUGAAAUCUAUAUACUUUGAAAUUGAUUCUAUAUAAAUCAGUAACCUUCAAAUGACAUUACAGAAAUAUUUUUCUUUUCAAAUCAAAACUACUCUUCUAUGUUUAUAGUUUAUGACUCUAAAGAAUAUAUUACAAUUUAUAUGAAUAUAAAGUAAAAUGGCUCAAACUUUUAAUUCCAAGGCUUGUAAAAAGCUUUAAAUGUGUUAAAUUUAAAUAGUUUCCAUAAAUCACAUGUUUUAUUGUAAUUCCAGUAUCCAGAUAAGCAAUGAAUGUUUAGUAGUAUACCACCACCUAUAGAUUGGGUGGUCUACUGCAUUCUGUCUGUUCAUCCAUCGAAAAUUAUAGUUUCAUAUUACUACGGUACAUUUCUGUUAAAUGGAAUGACUUGAUAUUUGGUCUUGAACUUUAUUAUGCUGAUGCAAAAAUUUGAGAUAUAGCCAAUGAGCAUGAGAUUUUUACCCAGCACCUGUAUUUCAGAAUUAUUCUAUGGAUGAGUUGCAGUGUGUAAAUGGUGCUCAUAUCUGCCAGACAGUUUCUUCCUGUUUAUAAAGAGUCCUUUGAAUUUUGGAAACAAAAGUGAAAAAAACUCAUUGAAGAAACCAGUCUAAUUAUUUUGUAUGGCAGACAAGUUUUUUUGUCCUUUGCAAUUUUUAAUUUAACAUAAAUUUUGUCCUUGCAUUUAUCACACAUUAGUAUGUCACAGUUUAAGCAUUUCCAUUUUAUUUGAUAUGAACUUGGAAAAAAGAUUAAACAGUUAAUUAAAUAAGCUAUCAGUGUUUGACCAGCUUUAAAUAUUAUGUUGUACAUUGAGAAAAUUGAAUUAAUCGUAAAAAUUUACAUCAAACAAAGAAAUAUUCCUCAAAAAGUUUGCCCAUAUUUAUUUUGAACAAAAAAAAUCAAAAUGGAAAAUUCAUAAUAAACAUGUACCGUAGUUAAAAUAAAAUACUGAUCACUAAAGGUACCCAAAACUGUAAACUUAAUUUAUAACAACUUAUUGAUAGGCCUCCUAUUUGCUUUAUAA